AUGCAAGUUUCAAAGGUUAUCCACGAGGCAAGGCGAAUUCCAGGGGGUCACAAUGAUGCUCACAGUACGUUUGCUAGACGGUUCCACGCGUGUACGGGGGAUAUGAGCAAGGAGGAGACAACGAACAAGUUUGCUGCAGGCGAAUUUCCGGUAAUAGCAUGCACCAUGGCCCUGGGCCUUGGGCAAAACUGGAAGCGAGUCCGAUCAGUGGUUCACGUUGGACAAGGUGAUCCCGCAUCUAUUUGCCAGAUGAUUGGUCGCUGCGGGAGAGGGGGAUCGCCUGGACUAGCCAUCUUGUUCGUUGAGGCAAAUCAAAGAUCUGGAAAGAAUACUGUUGAUGAAUUUGCCAAUCCUGGGUUGGAUAUGUACCACUAUGAAACAAUGAUCCAAAUGUUACUCUGGAGCGCGCUUGAGAAAUCAAUGUUCAUUUUCCCAAUUGCCUAUGUUCAAACUGCAAUCCUAAGAAGACGACUAGUCUGA